AUAAAACCCAAACGAGGCAAAUAGUCAAUAGAUCACAUCGUCCCAUCCCAACACAAACACGCCUCCCCCCAAUCAGACACCAUUAGAAAUCAAUCAACGGAAGCCCCUAAAUUCCAGGUAGCUUUGGCCGUCGUCAUCCCUCGACCAAGUUAGGGCACCGCAGCCCAAUCGGCCCUUUUAAUCGCCCGUCGCCACCACCGCGGUCGCUUUUACCAGAAUCUUAGAUACUUUAAAGAUGAUGGACUUGGAAACAGAAAAUAGAAUCGCCGCAAUUCUAUUGAAAGAGGCAGCGGAGUUGCGGCGGCAAGCGGAGAAAGACGGGGUGGAAGCUUAUCUCCGCCAGCCCAAAGUUAGGGGUCGCCCAAAUUCUCGCUUCUUGACUGCAACCGUUCUUGGUGUACAACAUGCAAAUCGUGCUGUUGAAGAGAAUGAAAUGUGGCGAGCUAGGCAGAAAGAGAGAGAGCUAGAUGAUCGGCUCAGAGGAAAGAUGAGAGAUGAGGGUAGCGGUGGUUGGAGCUCUGGGGGCAUUAGGACAGAAGCUGGGAGAUCAAGUAAAAGACAGUUGGAUACUGACACAGAUGCAAGUUCUUCGUGCUCAUUGAGGAAAGGGGAUGAUGAAGGUUUGAGGGAUGAUGAGGUUGAAGAAUUUUUGCAUUCAAGGAUCAAGCGAGGCAGGGGUGCAGUUGGUUCACGGAUGGAUGAAACUGGCCCUUACCUUUCUUCUUGUCCAGAAGAUACUGGGGACAAGCAAUUAAUGUCCCUGGAUGGGUACCAAAGAGAAGUUGCAGUAAAAAGUAAAGUUCUUGGCCCGGAAAAGCCGUCUUUGCUUGGGCACUGUGAGUCUUCUGAUGAUGAUUCUUUUCUAGAGCAGAAGAAAACAAAGAAAGCGAGCCCAAGCAAGCAGCACUCUAAGAAGCACAAAUUAAAACACAAGGAUAAAGAGAAUAAAAAGAGAGAAAAGAGAAGGGAGGAGAAGAGGCAUAAACACCGCAAGUAAAAGUUCCAUGAUUUUGAAAUUCUUUGUGCCUAGACGCUUUGUAUUGUAUCUGAAGUAGUAUUCCGUGUUUGGUCAAACGAGAUUCUGAUUUUGCUGUAAAAAAUCACGAAGCUUUGUUUGAUGUCCCUGGCUCUUGUUUUAAAAACAAAUGGAGAGCCUAUUGAAGUUGUAACAGCAAGGCAUGACCAAAUUGAACGGGACUCUUCCCCAUACCCUUCGAUCUCUGGUUUCUCUCUGCUGCUUUUGGCUAGAAUCCAUGGUAGACAGCCUGAAAAGUGAAUUUGAAGUGAAUGGAGACUGCACAGCAAGCAAGUAAUCUACUUUUCUAUUUUGAGGAGAGUAAAUAAAAAUGAAGCGGGGAAAGCACCCUUUUCUUAUUUUAUUCUGGUUUUGUUUACUAUUCACCGUGUUGUUUUGACUGUUAAAUUUGUUGCGUUUAACCCUAAAAAAUUUGCAGAACUGGUUAGGUUUUUGCAAGUUGUGCUCCAUUGGGAAACAAAAAUCCUCUUCUGGCUGAGCGGUUGGUACGGUUGUAAGACUAAUGACCAGCUGAAGGAGACCAUACAGCUAAUGUUCUUUUAUAUCUUUACACUGCAUUUCGGACUUUCGUAAUUUAUAGGAUUUUCAAGCUAAGGAAUACAUUGUAGACAGGUUUAAUGUUGCCAAGCACUUUUAUUGCAGAUUCAGGAUGAUGGUAUAACAGGCUAUAUAGAUUAUGAAUACUAUGGUUCAGCCUUGUUUCUCAGAAAUUUGUUGCUUACAGUUUCAGUAUGUUUCUGCUUGUUCUACUAUGAGGGCAGGGAGCUAUAUGCAGGGAUCAAGAAGGUGAUCAGAUAUUUGUUGUGCAUUAUAAAUGAUGGUUUUAGCAGAGAUGAAUAAAAUGGCAUCGUGGAUCCCAGAGUCAGCGAGCAGGGAGAGAUUGCUUCACAUGUUACAGUAACUAAAUGACAUCGUGGAUCCCAGAAUCAGGGAGCAGGGAGAGAUUGCUUCAUAUGUUCAGCAGCUCCAUGCCUUGGAAGAUCUUGCCUUUUGAUGUACCCAAGACGGGAGACUGUUAGCCCUCCAUUUAGUUCGACAUGGAGUGUUGUAUUUUGUUUUAGUUAGGCGAGGAACUUGCUUUGACACCAAUUUUGCUGCCAACAUGGUCACAAGCCAAUUAAUCUUCCUAAUUAUCAACGCUAUGAUGCCCGUCCA